AUGCACCUUUCUUUAUCCUUCCGCUCCCUUUUCAAACAAGGGUUUAUUAAUUUCCUUACCCUCGCCUCCCUUCCCCUCCAUUAUCCUCCUCUCCCCUCCCUUAUGAACUGCCCCAAUCCAAAUUGUCGCCGGCAGUUGCUCUCUUCAUCGUCUUCUCCCGAUCAACCACAGUUACAUCUUCGUCGCCGCCGUCUCCCUCUCAACCACACCGCGCAGUUUGGGAAAGAUAACGAAAUAGGGAUUGGAGAAGCCUGCAAGCACCGCGAGAGAAGAGCGGGGAAUUACAAAAGGAAAUGGGAGAGGGAAGGGCGAUGGUAAUGCAGGGUAGAAAGAGAGGGCUUUUGUUUUUGUUUUUUUUUAAAAUAUUUUCUGUAAUUAUUUCGAUAGGAAAUAAUUUUGUAAGAAAUUGGAAAGCAGGAAUAAUGACAAGCGAAUGUUAGAACGAAGCUCUUUUCCCCUCUCUUCCUCUCCAAAGAUCUCUUGCAAGAGAGCAAUUUCUCUCUAUCAUCAAUGGCUGUAAUGGUGAUGGGGUUGGUUCCGUCAGAAGAGGAGUAGCGCGGAAGUUGGCAUCCUUCAUUCCACAUCCCGAGGAAGCAAUCAGAUGGCAUCGUCGGUGGGAGCAGAUCCACCAUCCACGCUUAAAUUUAUGGAGCUUGCCCUAGAUCAGGCUAAAUUUGCAUUGGACAACCUUGAAGUCCCUGUUGGCUGUGUUAUUGUGGAGGAUGGCAUAGUUAUUGCCUCUGGCAGCAACCGAACCACCAUCACACGAAAUGCUACAAGACAUGCAGAAAUGGAAGCCAUUGAUAUUCUUCUUGAAAAGUGGCAAAAAAUUGGACUUGACCAAUUGCAAGUUGCAGAAAAGUUUUCAAGAUGUGAUCUUUAUGUUACAUGUGAACCUUGUAUAAUGUGUGCAACAGCCUUGUCCAUUCUUGGAAUAAGGGAGGUAUUCUAUGGUUGUGCUAAUGAUAAAUUUGGAGGAUGUGGAUCCAUUUUGUCGCUACAUGAAAGCAGCUCUGAGAAAUUGUGCAGCAAAGGAGUUUUACCAGCUAAGGGCUUCAAAUGCACCAGAGGACUCAUGUCUGAAAAGGCAAUUGCUCUUUUCCGAAGUUUCUAUGAACAGGGAAAUCCAAAUGCUCCAAAGCCUCACCGACCAGUCCGAAUGCUUUGAUAGGCUCAACGAAGCUAAAGCCGUAAACUGGUAAAGUUCGUUUGUUUGGAAGAUUUUGUUUUUAUUUUGAAGCUGCUGAAGAGAGCCAGUCAGAAAUUCUUAAUUCCCAUCUGUAUGAGGUAUGUUGCAUGAAUCAAACCCGGGCAAUAUUUGCAUUGCCAAAUAUCUGAUCAGCCCCUUUCGUACCAGACUCUCUUUGUUCUCUUUAGCAGAUCCUUGAACCCAUAUGCGGGCCUUAGGGAAGGCAAGAGUUUAAAUGAUUAUUCUUGUUUUUUAGCUCUAGAUUUUGUACAAGAAACACUAGACGGGUUUAUUGUUUUUUGCAUGCUCCUGCAAUGGAAUCGGACUUACAGACGGAUGCGUGAAGAA